AUGCAUCAAAAUAACAGCGUAACUGAAUUUGUGUUAUUUGGAUUGACACAGGAUCCUGUGAGGCAAAAAAUGGUGUUUUCAAUCUUCUUAAUUUUCUAUGCUGGAACUGUGGUGGGAAAUAUGCUCAUUAUUGUGACUAUCAAGUUCAGCCGAACACUUGGCAGCCCCAUGUAUUUCUUCCUAUUUUAUUUGUCCUUUGCUGAUUCCUGUUUUUCAACUUCGACGGCACCUAGAUUGAUAGCAGAUGCUCUCUCUAAAAAGAAAAUCAUAUCCUACAAUGAAUGCAUGACAGAAGUCUUUGCACUGCAUUUAUUUGGCUGCAUGGAGAUCUUUGUCCUCAUUCUCAUGGCUGUUGAUCGCUAUGUGGCCAUCUGCAAGCCUUUACAUUAUCCAACCAUCAUGCGCAAGCAAGUCUGCAUCAUCUUAAUUGUUCUUGCUUGGAUAGGGUCUUUCAUACAUAGUAUAGCUCAGAUUAUUCUGGCCUUAAGGUUUCUCGGGAUCUUGGGCACGCAUGCACACGCGCCUGGCGUGAGUUUUAAGCCACUGGUCCAGCGACAUAGCCAUUAUGCUAACUGCUGGUUCCCAAGUAAUUUUGUAAUUUUGAUGAUUUCCUACUUUGUCAUCUUGCACUCAUUGAGAAACCACAGUGCAGAAGGGAGGAAAAAAGUACUCUCCACUUGUACUUCUCACAUCAUAGUAGUGAUCUUGUUCUUUGGGCCAUGCAUAUUCAUAUAUACACAUCCCCCAACCACGUUCCCCAUGGAAAAGAUGGUGGCAGUAUUUCAUACCAUUGGAACCCCCUUUCGCAACCUACUCAUUUACACACUAAGAAAUGCUGAAGUAAAAAAUGCCAUGAGAAAGCUAUGGCAUAUCCAGGUUACUUAA